AUGAUCCAGGGGCCUCUCUCUCUCUCUCUCUCUCUCUCUCUCUCUCCUUUAUUUUUUCUCUGGUCUGUUUCUAAAAUAGAUUUUCUUCAGAUUGAUAUACUGGAUUUCUUUCUUCAGGACAAUUUUUUACUUGCUUUCUCUUCUUUUUUUCCCUCCUACUUUUUUUUCCCUCCUUUUUUUUCUUUUUUCCCUCCUACUUUUUUUUCCCCCACUUUUUCUAUUUUUUCCUAUUUCUCCUAUUUCUCCUUUUCCUCUUUUUUUCUUUUUCUAUUUUUUCCUUUUUUCCUUUUCUCCUAUUUCCCCUUUUUCUCCUUUUUUCUUUUUCUCCUUUUUUCUUUUUCUCCUUUUUUCUUUUUCUCCUAUUUCUCCUUUAUUUCUAUUUUCUCUCUCUUUUCUCUCUCUUUUCUGUUUCAAAAUUUUUUCUUUUUUUCUCUAUUUUCUCUCUUCUUUUCUAUUUCAAUAUUUUUCUCUAUUUUCUCUUUUCUAUUUCAAUAUUUUUCUCUUUUCUUUUUCUCCUUUUUCUCUCGUCUUUUCUUUUUCUCUCUUUUUUUCUAUUUCAAUAUUUUUCUCUUUUCUUUUUCUCUAUUUUCUCUUUUCUUUUUCUCUAUUUUAUCUGAAUUUUCUCUUUUCCUCUUUUUUCCUUUUCCUCUUUUUUCCUUUUCCUCUUUUUUCCUUUUCCUCUUUUUUCCUUUUCCUCUUUUUUCCUUUUCCUCUUUUUUCCUUUUCCUCUUUUUUCCUUUUCCUCUUUUUUCCUUUUCCUCUUUUUUCCUUUUCUCCCUCCUCUUUUCUCUUCUCUUUUCUUUCUUUUUUUCUGUUAUACAGGUUUUCCUGUUGGGUGUUCUACUUGGAAUCCUUGACUUAUUCCAAAAUUAA